GCACUGUACACGGAAUUUCGAAUCAUUCAUACAUACUGGAACAGCUGAGCAAAUCCAGACCACUAAUACACCAUGUCGGCUGCAUCCACCUUCUUACAGAAAUUACUAACUAUGAUAGAACAUCCUGAUAGUGACCAGUAUAUCUCCUGGUGCCCUAACGGCACUUCGUUCAUUGUAUAUGAUUCGAUCGCUUUAGCAAAAUAUGUACUUCCGCAAUACUUUCGUCACAACAAAUUCACAAGCUUUGUACGACAAUUGAAUAUGUACGAUUUCCAUAAGGCGAGUAUUUAAUUGUGGGUACUGCGUGUAAAUAAGAUCAUCCGUGAUUUAUGACCAGUGUUUUUGUCGACAAGUGCAACUUGAGAAAAUGUCAGCUGCCUAUCUGCUCUCCCAGAACACUGACUUAAUUUAUGGUCUUCUCUUCAUGCAGAUACCAUUAAGCGAUACCGGUAUUGAGCCGAAUGAGAACGCGGUGCAAUUCAAAAACCUUAACUUCUUGCGUGGUCAACCCCAUUUGUUCGCUAACAUGAGGAGGAAAGCAAGCUCGCGCAAUGAGAAAGUGAACUCUGUGGUUGGUGAUAAAGAAUACAUCGAUAAUGCUUUGGCUAACUUGGCCCAAGCAGGGAGUAACAUGUCCAAAAGACUCAAUGAUGUAGAGUCUGAUAGUACAUACAUCAAAGACGAACUUAGCAAGCUAUAUCAGAGUAAUUAUCAACAAGAGCACACCGUCAAUCGGAUCAUGGGGUUCCUGACGUCAGUAUAUGGACCCAAUACCGAAAAUAACAUUCCCACAUUGAACACAAAUCAAAAUGUACAUCAAAUCCAAUACGGUCGCUCCCCGAAUGAUUCACCCCUGAUCUUCUCAAACGUAGACAAGACAUCUGGUAACUUCCAAUCUUCUACCAGCUCUCGGCGGAGCUGGGUGCAGUGAAAUCAUAACUUCUAAAAUUAUAACUAUUAUAUGCGGCGACGUAGGCACAGCGAGUGAUAUCACGUCGUUCCCUAUUUCGUCUAUUACCGCAUGACGGUUGAAUAUAGCCGUGAAUUGUGCAUCUGGCAUGACCAUCGGUCUUCGGUCUUUUGUCACAGGAGUCAAACAAUGCUCCCCACCUAAUAUAUAGGAGAAUACUGCGUGAAGAAGGGAGUUCUAAGAUAUCUCGUGCUUAUUUAUCGAAACCUUUUAGAGCUUUGGUUGUGAAGUCCGACUACCUUUGGUCAAGCAUUAGUUGCGCUCAUUAUAUAGCGCCCGACAACGCAGCCAAGACCACUUCAUACGAAGGAAUCCAUAUAAGAGGGAAUGUCAGCUUUCCGCCUGUGUUGUCAUACCGAGAACACUGGAAGGGUACUUUGAUAAUGCCUAGAAAGUGCUUAUAUAUCGACAUAGUGAAUCCGACAUGGCUCAACCAGAGCAGGAUGGGUUUGUAGCUCCAAGUACUCGUGUUGAGCAAAUCCACUACCGAUCUGAAAUGACAGAGAGACAAUACGUACAUAAACAGAUAAAGUUGUUCGUUGCUGCACUCGAAACAGUUGAAACAUAAUUUCUAUAUUGGUGGCAAAAAAAACCAUUCAAGCAGUGGUACGGCGUGAAUUUAGAAAGCGUGAAUUUAGCAGUAACAUACAUAGCUAUAGUGGCAGAUUUUAAGCAGAUCUAGAGAAUUAUAGCCUUCUUCUGUAUAAUUUAGAAGGCUAUGGAAAUAAUAACCAUUGAAGCAGCGCUAUAAAAAAUAUAUAAAAAUCAUUGUACAAAAAGUC